AAGCGAGUGUGGGCCAAGGGCCCAGCCGAGGCCGCAGCCGCUGCCCUCGGGCCCGCGCGCGGGGGGAUGUUCUGCAGGCAGGCCGCCGACACCUCCGUGAUCGUCACCCGAUGCGCCACGGGCCACCUCCGCGCGGGCGCGGCGGAGAUGUGCGGCUGGCGCCAGAAGAUGGAGGACCCCGUGCCAUGUUCGUGGAGGACGACGCCUGGGGCUUCUUCGGCGUGCUGGACGGGCACUGCGGGGGCGCUGAGUGCUCGUCCUUCGUCGCGCGGCGCCUCUGCGAGGAGCUGCGGGGUGGCGCCCCUGCGGACGACGCCGCCCUGGUCAGCCUCGUGUCGCGGCUCGACCGGGAGUUCCUCGAGUCAAAGCAGAUCGGGGGGCGGCUCCACUGGCACCUUCGCGCUGGUGGAGCGCCCGGGGCCCGAGGGCGCCGCGGGGCGGUACCGCGUGCGCGUUGCGAGCCUGGGCGACAGCCGGGUGCUGCACGGGCGCGCGGGCGGCGAGAUGGUCGCGGGCGCGGGCACAGACGGGGCCCUGACAAGGGACCACAAGCCGGACCUCCCCGACGAGCGGGCGCGCAUUGAGCGGGCGGGCGGCGUCGUGGAGGUGGUGAAGAGGGAGGCUCGCGUGAACGGUGAGCUGGCAGUGAGCCGAGCGUUCGGGGAUGCCAGGUACAAGAAGGUCGGGGUCACCUGCGAGCCAGAGAUGGCGACGAUCGACUGCGAGGCCUCCGACUUCCUGGUCCUCGUCUGCGACGGCAUCGUCCGGGACGGGCUCGCCAACCGCGACGUGGUCGGGCUCGUCGCCGCGGUGCUGCGCGCGGGCGGCCCUGCGGCGGACGCGGGGGCGGCCGCGGCGGCCGUGUGCCGCAGGGCCUUCGCGGCGGGCUCCCGCGACAACCUCUCCUGCCUCGUCGUGCAGCUGGCCGGCGGGGCGGCCGGCUCGGCGCGGCCGCGGGAGCUGCAGCCGGGGCCCUUCGCGCAGGUGCGGCACGCGGGCUUCCGCCGGGUGUACGCCGCGACCGCGGAGCGAGCCGGCAUGACGCUCGCGGGCGCCGUGGAGCUGCGGUUCGACGAGGCCAGGAGGCAGCUCGACGCCGUGCUCUCUGGAGAGGGGGGCGGAGAGGACGACGACGCUGCGGCCGAGGCGCUGAGCGAGGAGCUCGCGGCCUUCGGCGGCGGGCCGGCCGGCGAGCUCGCGCCGGGCAGCGCAGAGAGGAGGCAGUGGUUCAGCACGUGGCUGGACGGCCACGCGCUGGAGGAGGGCUCGGACCCCAGCAAGAUGAGCCACAGGGAGAUCGUGGAGCUGCUGGAGCGGAGGCCCGAGCUGCAGGCGGAGAUGGCGGCGAAGGGCAAGGUGUCCACGCUGGACUUCCGGCGCAAGAGGACGGAGAAGAUCGUUCGGGUGGGCCCCCUGGGCGAGCUCCGAGCCGCAAUGACGAGGAGCCCGGCGUGCAUCUGGGACGACGAGUUCGCGGUGCUGUCGGGCCGGCACGGGCUCGUGGUGAAGGAGGACCUGGCCGACAAGAUCUCGAAGAUCAAGUUCCUGCUGCCGAACUCCAGGGACCCCAAGGCGCCGCCGAAGAAGUUCUCCGCCUGGCUGCCGACCGUCGUCCUGACUGAGGUUUCGGACCCGCCACCCGCUUCCGGGAGCAGCGGCAGCCAGGGGAGCCGGCCAGUGGAGCCCCCCACGGCGGCGGAGGAGGCACCCGGCGAGGGCGAGCGCCAGGACGCCGAGCCCCCAGCGGUGCCAGACAGCUGGAGCCUGCCCUCCGUGGGGUCGACCGUGGUGGCGCCGCCGCUCGACGACCUCAAGGCCGCGGUGGAGAUCACGCCGGGCCUUGGCUGGUUCGAGAAGCUCAAGUCGGUGUGCGGCAAGAAGGGCGUGGUGGCCCAGCACGACCUGAAGGUCGACUAUUGUAUGGCAUCGGCGGCCUUCUGCAAGCUUGUCGAGGCCACCGAGGUGGACGGCAUGUGGCCAAAGCGGUAUCGCAGGGCCCGCUCUAGGGAAAAGUUCAGGAUUGGAAAGAUCAACACGGCGGGGGCCAAGCCUGGUCUGAGCUUCGGCGACGCGAUAGUCGGCGUGAGCGACGCCGAACUUAUGCGGUAUAUCACGCCAGGCCUCUGCCCGCUCUGCCGGGCGCCCGACUCGGUAGGGCGCAGGCUCUACGGCUGCCAGCGCGAAGAGGUCGCCGCGUCACGGCAGGCGGCGGACGCGCCCGCGAACUUUCUCGCGCGUGCCCAGGACGGGGGCGCGCAGUUUUUCGAGGCGCUCACGUUUCGGCAUCCAGCGGCCGAAUGGCCCGUGCUGUCGGAUGAGCAUGAGCCUGACUUGUACGAUAUGAGUGGUCAGAAGAUUCCGCGGGGGCAAUUCGACGGGAAACUAAAAGAUAUCGAGCAGCUGCCCCCGCCUGAGAGGUGGAUCGGCCAGGCCAUCCGGCGUGCGGAUCGAGAGGCCAAGAGAGCUCUCGACCUGCAUCCUCGAGCUUCGACCGCCGAGUGGCAGCAGCAUGACAGUUCGAUCGAGAGCCUCGAAAUGGCGGCGCGCCUCGCGGCGAACGUUUUGCCGCGCGUUCCGAGGGCGCACCACCAGCGCCAACCGAGGCGCGAGAGCCCGCGUAAGGUGAUCGAGCAAGCCACCAGCUGGCACAACUGGGAGAGCUGGCCGCGGGGCCACAGGAGCGGGGAUUUUGCCGCUGCCUCGGGCAGCGCGGGCGGGGUCCGCUGCCGGGGGGUGGUCGGGGAGGAGCUCGGCGAGCGCCCUAAGGCCAGGGCUGGCUGCGGCGAGCCAGCCCUCAACCCGCACCUCUCAGGCACUGCGCGGCAGGGCGGCGGCGGCGUGCCGUCCUGA